CUGUCGCCGCAUUAAUCAUCUGAUAUAACUAACAGGAAAAUUAUUAUUGUCUUCAGUUAAUACACUAAAGCCUCCCCUUUCUUGGCCCAAUUUGCGUUAACUUUAACCAAGAUGGACCAUAGUGACUCAGCAUGUCCUUUCUGUUCAUUCUCUAACCCUGACAGUAGCGUUGUUGCGGAGCAUGUGGAGACUUGUCACCCCGAAGAUAACAUGCAAGUCUUAUAUGGUGCACAACCCGCAAACAUGCUGGACAUAUCACCUAAAUUGCAACAAUCGCGACCGUCGCAUGAUAAGGAGGAAUGCCCGGGCGGCUAUACUGGAUGUCCACACGGCUGUGGGGAGAUAGUGACUGAUGCUGAAAUAUCCUCCCACCUUGAUUUGCACUUUGCAGAAAGUGUUGCUCUCGAAGACAUGCCUGCAUUGCCGGUAGAACGGCGCACUAAUGCUGAUAACCCACCACAAGAGCCAGGCGCAACAAGCCAGGCGCGGCUGGAAAAGGCGGCUCGAAAGUUACCGAUUGAAGAGGAUAGAUCAGGUAUUCCCUGGGUGCAAGCCGGGGACUCCAAAACAAUGUACAGCAGCGGAAUGAAACGACUUGGGCGUACAGAGCUGGGCCCCCAUGCUCAUGAGAAACAGAUGCCAUCUUGGCUGCGAAAAAUGCUAGAAAGGAACCCUAGAUCAAUGUUGUCGAACACGCUUGGCCUAGGUGGCACGUUUCGGAGACAUGAGACGGUUGAAAAUGAGACAAGCGAUGUCAUUCCGGUUCUUGCUCGACUGUGUGAGCAGGACAACUCAGUUCAGCGUGCUUUCUUCUGCAGUCCAGCGGUCCAUCAGAUCUCUAAAAUUCCGAGGGAGGGUGGAUUCUGUGGCUACAGAAAUAUCCAAAUGCUAAUAUCUUACAUGAAAGAAACCCGAAUGUCGGGACAUGAGUGCUUUCCUGGGGACCUGCCUACAAUUUUCGAACUUCAGGACAUGAUUGAAGACGCAUGGGACAAGGGCUUUAAUGCUGCUGGGCGAAUCGAGACCGGAGGCAUUCGAGGUACCAGAAAGUAUAUCGGUACACCUGAGGCGCUAGCCCUCUUUUCAAGUCUUGAAAUACAGUGUGAAGCCAAUAGUAUUGGAACAACAAAUAACGUGCGCGCUCAUGAUGCUUUGUUCAUGAACAUUGCAUCUUAUUUCCGAAAUGCAUGUUCAUUGGAUGGAAGAAACAAAGUCAUACAAACAAGCCUUCCCCCUAUUUAUUUUCAGCACCAGGGACAUUCUUUGACCAUCAUUGGCUUUGAAGUACGAGAUAAUGGUAGUGCAGACUUACUAGUUUUUGACCCGAUGUUCAAGGCGCCACCGGCAGUGAAGCGUCUCAAGGGGACCAAAGCACUGACCCCAGACCCUGAGCGAAUUUUGAAAGGGUAUAGACGGGGUACAGCGUAUCUGCAAAAAUACAAAACAUUUGAACUUCUCAAAAUCGCUUAAUUUGCUUUAUACUGGUACAGUCUCAUUCACUGUAAUAAUAAUACACAAGUGAUUUUGAAUAAGCAAUGGGGAAAAUACAGCCAGGCGUUUGUUACUCAUGGGACCAAAGAAUAUUAACAAAGUCACAAUGUCCAAAUUCUUAGUACCUGUUGGCAUUAGUACACGAGUGGAAAUUGCUGUUGGCUACUCUGUAUAGUCUUUAUCAUUUAAAAGUAAG